UCAAUCGCAAUGAUCCAGGCUCUCCUUCAGCGCCUGGCCCGAUGGCUGGACCGGCCCUUCUUCCCGUGGAAGAAGCUCGUAGUCGGCUUCUCCCUUGCGCAGUUCACUCUCGAGAAUUGGCUGAUGUUCCGUCAAUUCAAAGUCCUCCAAAAGAAAACCGUCCCGAAGGCCCUCGAGAAGGAAAUCGACCAGGAAACAUUUGACAAGUCCCAGGCAUACGGUCGCGCGAAGGCGAAGUUCAGUUUCUUCUCCGGCCUCUUCAACCAGAUCCAAAACCUCGCUGUCCUCUAUUUCGAUGUAAUCCCCCUCGUCUGGGGCGUUGCUGGUGCAAUUCUCGCUCGCUAUGCUCCGGCAAGCCUUUCGGGCGAGAUCCCACAUUCGCUGGUCUUCAUAUACUUGUUUGGCUUGAUUGAUUUGGUCCUCGGUCUUCCUUUCUCCUACUACCACAGUUUCGUGCUAGAGGAGAAGUUUGGAUUCAACAAAAUGACCGUCAAACUAUGGCUCACCGACAUGAUCAAGGGUCAAGCGCUCACCAUUGCAUUUGGCAUCCCUAUCGGUAGCGCAUUCUUGUCCAUCAUCAGGCGGACCGGCGACAGCUUCUUCUACUACCUCUGGGUCUUCAUGUUCUGCGUCCAGAUCGUGGCCAUGACCAUUUAUCCCGUCUUCAUCGUCCCCAUGUUUAACAAAUUGGAGCCGCUCAAGCCCGGCAAGCUCAAGGAAGCCGUCGAGGCACUUGCCACGAAGCUCAAGUUCCCUCUCAGCGAAUUGCAGGUCAUCGAUGGCAGCAAGCGAAGUGCGCACAGCAAUGCCUACUUCACCGGACUCCCCUGGGUUGGCAAGAAGAAGAUUGUCAUCUACGACACUUUGCUCGAGAAGAACACGGACAAGGAAACUGAAGCCGUGCUUGCACACGAACUUGGACACUGGAAGAUGAAUCACACUUCGCGACUUUUGUUCAUUAGCCAGGCUCAUCUGUUCUACGUAUUUGCAUUGUUCUCCGUCUUCAUCCAUAACAAGUCUGUCUAUGCAGACUUUGGCUUCCUCCGAGAGCAGCCAGCCAUUAUUGGUUUCGUCUUGUUCAAUGAGAUUCUGUCGCCGACAGAUUCCAUCAUCAAGCUCCUGAUGAACAUCUGGACCCGAAGCAUGGAAUUUGAGGCUGUAGAUGCCUUUGCUUUGAAGCUCGGCUACGCAGCCGAACUUGGAUCCUCCCUGAUCAAGCUUCAGAUUCAGAACUUGUCCAGCAUGGAUGCAGACUGGAUGUACUCAAGCUUCCAUUACUCCCAUCCCAUUCUCACCGAGCGCCUCAAGGCUAUUGGCUGGACUGGGGAGAAGAAGAUCGUACAAGACAAGACGGCCGAUGAAGAGAAGCCCGUCAAGGCAUCGGACAGAGAGCUUUGAAUAAAGGACAAUGUGCUGCAUGCCCAACGGCAUACUGUAUAGUAGAUCUCCAUAGAGUGAGCAUUGGAAACCAUUGGCGACGAAAGAAGGAUGAGGAGUAGGGUGGGCGUAGAGCGCUUAUGCAAUGUAUACACC